AUUGGCUGGCUGUCAGGGGGCGUGGUGUUGGUGCGGCGGCAGCAGCAGCAGUGUGUCUCCCGGUAACAGCUCCGCUCCCGGCGUCUCCCGUCAUGCUGUGCGGGUUCUCCGGGGCCGUGAAGGCCGCAGCUGUCAUCGCCGUGGCCGCCGUGCUGGUGCAGGGGAUCCAGUCCUGGCUCAGCUCCAAGUCCUACGUCUUCAGCCGGGAGGAGAUCGCCGGCCUGGCCAAGGGCCACUCCGGUCUAGAUUAUGAGGUCGCCUUCACCAAAAUAAUCCUGGAGCUCCGGAAGAAGCACCCAGGACACAUCUUGCCGGAUGAGGACCUGCAGUGGGUGUUUAUUAAUGCCGGGGGCUGGAUGGGGUCCAUAUGUGUCUUGCAUGCCUCCGUCACCGAGUACCUGAUCUUUUUUGGGACAGCGGUGGACACCAGCGGACAUUCAGGUCGUUACUGGGCGGAAAUCUCCGACACGUUACUUUCAGGAACUUUCCGACGGUGGAAAGAAGGGACGACUAAGAGUGAGAUCUUCUAUCCCGGAGAUACGGUCGUGCAUGAAGCGGGGGAGGCCACGGCCGUGCAGUGGAGUGCCGGGACGUGGAUGGUGGAAUAUGGUCGCGGCUUCAUCCCCUCCGCCUUGGGCUUCGCUCUGGCUGACACGAUCUUCAGCACGCAAGACUUUGUCACCUUCUUCUACACGCUGAAAGUGUACACCAAGGGACUGCUUCUGGAGACCAGCACCUACCUGUCCGAGCUGGGGGUCUUCUAACCGCACCCAGCCCACCUGUUCUCCAGUUGGGGUGUUACCGGCUCACUGCCAGUUUCGGCAGUGAGCCGGUAACACGCCAGUGUUCUGUCAUCAUGUUGCCAAAUCUGUUUUAUGGGAAGAAAUUGUUCUGUGCCCCAAUAUCUCACAUGUUCCCAUCCGGCUGCACCCCUCCCAGUACAGCGUCUCUUCAUACAGGUGCCGAUCCGCGCACAGCGAACAAUGAAUGUUGUGACCCUCUCACAUGUGUGUCCUGUCCUGAAUAGCGCGGGGUCCCGGAGAUAUUUUAGCCUUGUUAUGAGACAGGAACUUUUCGGGGUCACUCCUGGCUCUUCGGAAGUCCGCUCCCGUUAUUUGUGUCUGGUAAUAACGAAACCGGAAAUCCUUAUUUUAUCAUUAAUAUCCUUUAAAUAUUUCUAAUGAAACGCUUAAAGUGCACAGGGCUUCUACAGCAAAGAGCGUGUCCCGCUUCCUGUGUGUAACAGCGGUGUGUAAUAUAAUGUACACACAUACAUAUAUUUAUUAUAUAUAAUCUGCAUCGCCUCAUUGUACACGUCAGUAGCCGCAGACACGCCCCAUACGCCUGUUCUCUGCUCAGUAACGUAUCUUUAUGUCUCCGCUUUGCAUGUAACUGUCUGGGAUACAGAUAUAGAUACGUUUUAAAUACAACAAAUCCAAGUACUGUGAACAAGCAACACCAUAGAUUGUCACAGAAUGGGGGUAUGGGGCGUGUCGGUCUCUGGGCAGUACAAUAGACGGCCGGUGCACCGUGCACCAUCCCUGGCGUUGCAGCAGUGUUUCCCCCGUCCUGAUGAUUCCGGGAUUGAUGGUAUGGCGUGACGCUGCUCCACCUGCUGUAGAAGGCGCUGAACUCGCCGCUGAUCCAGCAGCAGAACGCCUCCUCUAGCGAGUUUACCGCGCCGUUAAUCAGUGACUUCCCAGUGGAAUUGGGAAAUGCAGACAUUAUCCAGGCCUGUCUGUCUGGGUGCAGCCUGAUCUUAACAUAGUCCUGUCUGUGGUGAAUGUUCUGUGUGCCGCCCUAUAUUAUCUGUACCUUAGGUUCGUCUGUCUUCUCAUGAGGCUGUCCGCGGGGAUUGUCUCAUCCAUACUGUGUCGGCUGCCUAUAUGGUAGCCACGCUGAACUAUGCAAUAAUGCUGGUGUGACCUCAUAGCGCUCAGUUACUGUGUCAGAGGACGAGAUCUGUCCGGACUAGUGGCUGUGUGUGAUGCUUAAUGUUGUCAUUCAUUUGUUGCUGUAUUUGGGCAGCCUCUGGCUUUCCAUCGCGUGUGGAACUACAAGCUCCAGCAUGCCAUCCAUUUCUGCAGCUGCGGAUGGCAGUGCAACUGCUGGAGAGUCAGAGGUCUCCCCGAGCGGUUCUGGUUAUGCUGCUUGUACGGUGCACGUGGAGGCAUUUACUGACCCUGCGCUGCACCUAAACCGCCGUUUCAUUGGUUCAAGUGAUAAUGUUCUUCUGCUGGUCUCCAAUGAGCGACAGCCGGCGUGCGCGGAGAGAGACGACGUGUGCGGAGAGACUCUGCUGCUGGUUAUUAUAAACCUGCCGUGGUUUUGUUUUCAUGCUUUUACUGUGUGCUCUGAUUACACGUGUGCUCCAGUCUAGUGUCACUCUAAUUACAUGCGUGUCCUGUACACGUGCGUCUAAUCCAGUGUUACUGGGCCAUAAUCCUGUGCGAUAAACCACUAGGUGGCUUGGUAUCUGCAGCCUGAAGGUUAGGCUCUGACUGAGAAAUACCACACAACGUCUAUGCAGCUGAGGUAUAUGUCCCAAUCUCCGACAGAUGAAUCCCAAUCCCGCACAGCACGCCAUAAGCUCAUUCAGGUUGAUGAAACGUGGACAGUAGAUUUGGACUGUAAUGGGCCCUACACACUGGCCGACAUCACUGCACGAUGUGAACGAUCUCGUUCAUUAAUGAACGAGAUAACGUUCAUAUCGUGCAGUGUGGAGUCACCAGCGAUGAACGAUGCGCGGCCCUGCGCUCGUUCAUCGCUGGUGACAUGUCGGCUGUGCAUGCAGGCCAAUAUGGACUGCACAUUUACGGAGCCGGGUGACGGGGGGAGUGAAGAAACUUCACUCCCCCCGUCACUGCCCCCCCGCCGCCGGGUCGCCCAUUGGCCGUAUCGGCCGUCGGGCACUUCGGCGGCACAUCGCCUAAUGUGUAGGGCCUAUUAGAUGUAUAAAAAGAGAUUGAGCUGCUGGUUGUACAGCGACACCUGCUGGCAGAAAACAGGCACUGCACUACAUUAAAUUGGAGUUAGUAAGUAGAACGCAUACAGUAUCAUUGCACAUCUCUUAAAACAAAAAUUGCAGUUAAAUUAUCUUUAGUUUUAUAACAUAAAAUCAUUUUUAAAAAAACAAACAAAACCCCUCUUUAUGCCACAUAAAAACAUCGGUCAUGAAAGAAACAGAAAACAAUCGGCACUUGUGUGCACAGAUGGACUUCAUCAUUUAGAGCAGGUGUUGCUGAUUAGUCAUGUUUCCUGUGGUUGGAGGGGGGCGGGGGGCUGCCCCACGUCCGGUAACUGCAGGGCGGAGAAGCAGAUAGGUGAUUCUGUUUGGUCUUUUACUUGGUAUAAUUGUGUCGCUGUAUACUCUGCAGAGGAAGAAGGGGCUGUGCUUCUGUGACCCCAGGAAGGCCUCCACCCCAACACACACGUUGUAUUGGCUGUACUAGAAGAUACAGAAGACCCCCGUGUAAGCCAGUGUGUGCUGCUGCUCAGUACUAGGUCAGGGGGGAUUUCCACUACAAUUUAAAAAAAAUUCGCUUCCCAUGAAAUUGGGUAAGUGCCCCCAUAAAAGGUAAAAUAAAGGAUUAUGGUGGUACAGUGCCGUGUGAUCACGUUCUUGGCGUAUGUUAUACCAUCCAUCUAGGAGUGGGGUGUAGGGUUAUAACUGUCCUAUACCAUCGACCUUUCCAACAUAAUGGGUCUCCCCAGGACCCCCGAAGGUUGACGGCUUAGCAGAUCCCAGUGGUGGAGGUCCGUCUGGUCCUCCUCUGUAGAGAGUAUUGGGGGGGGUCUGGUAAUGGUGGUUCCCUCCUGUUUCCCACACAGGGAGGGGUUAGGCCAUAUAGAAGGGAACAAGCCUCAGAGUAAAUGGAAUCAUCACCGAUUGCAGAUGACGGUCUCCGCUCACCCGCCGGCCCUGUCGCCGACGUGUCUCCUUCUCUGUUCUUCCUGGUAUUUCUGUGUUUUACAUUUUCUAAUUAAAUAAUUCAUGUGUGUUUUACCACUAAUUAUAUUUUUAAAGAACCAGAAUAAAAUGAUUAUGAGAGAGUG